AUAUUAAUGAAUGCACUCUUGGCUUUGACAACUGUGGUAGUGAAGCAAGAUGUACUAACACCAUUGGAUCAUUCACCUGUCGGUGUAAUGUUGGUACUCAGGUGAUGGGGUCACGUGUGCAGGUAUUUAUUAAAAAAAAAAUUCAAUACAUAUAAUUCCAUAUAUUUACAAAUAUCAAAUUAGAUGUAUUAGGGCAUACCAUAAAGCUGCAUUCAAUUCAUUCAUUCAAUAAAUUCAAUUCAUUCAUUUAAGCUGCAUUCCAAAUGCGCGUGAAUAUUCCUGAAAUGGGUGCCAAACGUUUAUUUUGACACAAAGGAGAAACACUACCCUGGGUUGCUAGACACUGAGGUGUAAACUAAAGUAUUACUGUUGGCAUACACUUGUUGGUGUCUUUGUCUCUCCGGCUCUCCCAUGUCUGACCGUCUCUUCCAGCGUCCAUAUAUCAUUCAGAUGCACAUAAAAGAUUUUACUAAUUUUUCAGAUAUUAAUGAAUGCACGCUCGGCAUUGACAACUGUGAUAGUCAAGCAAGAU